GUUUGUAGUUUACUGACACUGAUCAACCCAACACCAGCAUUAAACAUAACCAGAGAAUUCUUCACUUCCUCAUAAGAAGCAACUUCAGAAGCAACUGAGAAGACACAAUACAGUUCACACUAGUCCCAAUCCUGACAUCCGGUGGAAUCAGCCCGGUCCGUUCCGGCAAAGUUGACAGGCACGCGCCUCGCCACAGAGCCGCACGCGGUCCUGCCGAUGGGCGGAUCAUUUCCGUCGGAUGAAGAGAAUUCGAGUGAUUUGUUUGCUAUCCGAUGGCUGGAUUUGUAUAAAUAUAUAGCAGGCCGCUGCUGAGGAGUUUUGCAAUGAUAAAACACAGUACAGAAGCAGGAUUAGUUGAAUAAUAACACCGAGAUGAUUCUCCAAGACUUUGAUCUCGAGAAACUCGAAAAGUUGCAUACUGCUCCUAACCUGCACAGUUCCCCCUUCGACUUUGCCACGCUCGACAACUCCCCUGCCUCCUCCGCCCCGAUCUCGCGCUCAGUCUCCUACGCCGACAUCGACCACCUGCGCAUCCUCCCCACCACAAACACCUCAAAAAUCAGCCCGUUCUCGCUGCGCUAUGGACACUACAACUACUUCACGGCCGACGACAGCCACGAGGAGAUCGCGGACUUUACGCCGCAGCCAACCCACGUCGAUCUCGAGAAAUUCGUCGUCGGCUUCGACGGGCCUGAUGAUCCUUACUCGCCGCUGAAUUGGCCGCUGCGGAAAAAGAUAUACACGACGCUCGUGUAUUCGCUCUGCACUUUUGGGCCGCAAAUGUCCUCGUCGAUCUACGGAUCCGUGGCUUCGAAUAUCUCGACGCAGUUCGAUGAACCGACCUUGAUCUCGCUUUUGGGCGUCACCGUCUUCAUGAUCGGAAUCGGCCUAGGCCCCAUGCUCUUCGCCCCCGUCUCCGAGCUCUACGGCCGCAAGCGCGGCGUCAUCGUCCCCCUCUUCUUCUCCGGCAUCUUCGCCCUCGGCUGCGGCUUCUCGCAAAACUUCGCCACAAUCCUCAUCUGCCGCUUCUUCCAGGGUCUCUUUGGCGGCGCCCCCGUGGCCAACACCGGCGGCGUGCUCGGGGAUAUCUGGAAGCCUAGCAUGCGCGGCAUCGCGCUCGUGGGAUAUUCAUUUGUCGUCACGGGAGGACCGGCUGCCGCGCCGCUGAUCGGGGCCGCGCUGGGCACGUUAGGAGUUGAGAAGGGCUGGCGCUGGACGCAGUGGUUUUCAGCGAUAUACUUGCUGAGCGUGUUUGCGCUCGCGCAGAUCACGGUCUGCGAGACAUAUCACCCGCUGCUGCUGACCAAGAAAGCGCAGCGCAUGCGGCAGGAAACAGGCGAGUCGCGGUAUCAUUCGCGGCUGGAGGAGAUCGAAGUGACGCUCUACAAGAUCGUGACGAAGCACCUCUUGCGUCCGUUCACGAUGCUCUUCACGCCCAUCGUCUUCCUGCUCUCGUUCUACGGCUCCUUCGUCUACGGCGUGCUCUACCUCGCCAUCGUCGCCGUGCCAAUCGCGUUCAAAGACGUGCGCCAGUGGUCGACUGUCAUCUCCACCCUUCCCACCCUCGCCAUCGUCUUUGGCGUCUCCUGCGGCGGCGUGGGCAACGUCGCAGCUGCGCUGCACUACAGCAAAGUCCUCAAACGCACCGCCGGCGAACCCGUGCCCGAAGAACGCCUUGUGGCCAUGAAAUUCGGCUCGGUACUCAUGCCAAUCGGCCUCUUCAUCUUCGGCUGGACAGCUGACCCUUCCUACCCCUGGAUCGCGCCCGUCAUCGGCCUCGUCCUCGUCGCUGCGGGCUUCACCACAAUCUUCCAAGGCUGCCUAAACUACCUCAUCGACGCCUUCCCGCGCUACUCCGCCUCCGUCGUCGCGGCAACUACUUUCUCGCGUUCGCUCACGGCCGCGGGGUUUCCGAUCUUGGGACACGUCAUGUUCUCUGGGUUAGGAGUGAACUGGGGCGCGACGAUCGUGGGCUGUGUCGCCGUGCUGCUGGUGCCGAUUCCGUUUGUGUUUUAUUGUUUGGGCAAGAGGAUCCGUGGGAAGACACCGGUUGAUCUUCAGCUGUGAUCUUCUUUUUGCUUAAUUGUGUUUUGGUGUUUGGUGCAUAUUUUGGGAUUUCAUUCAUGGUUAUUGCAUUUUCGGACUACUUCACACAUCAUGACUUUUAAUAAACAU